GUAGUUUUCAAUGUCGUCUGCAAUUUAUUUACAUCCGGGCCUUUGAUCACUAGCAACCUCGUUUUGAAAAUUUCUAACGCUGCAUUGACCGCCAUUUUGUUUUAACUACAAAAUGAAAUAUGUCUAUAGACGCGCAUCAUACUCUUGAAGUACCCAUUGAAAGUAUUCCUGAUUUGGCUAAAUAUUUAGCCAGUCAGCAGCAGGGGAGCCAAAGCAUUGUUAAUCCAGUUGUGCAGGUUUCUGAUGUCACGGCUCCUAUAUUACAGGUACAAGAUGCUGUACCAGGUGGCACUAUCAUACAGAUGCCAGAGGGCUCUGUUGCUCCAAUUGUACAAAUGGCAGAUCAGGGCCAACCAAUUUAUAUAACAGAGGGGUUUCCAAAUGGCAUACAAAUAUUGGAUGGGUCUAUACCUUUCAUACAAAGUAGUGAUGGAACGUCCAUCAUUCAACUUGCCACCCCAACCAUGGUUUCUGGUGGUAAUAUGGAAGGACUUACUCAGAUUGUGCAGUUUGCUGGAGGACAUGUGGCACUUGUAGAACAACAAGAGAAUAUAGACCCACAGAAUAUACAGCAUUAUGUCCUUGAGCAAGUCUCCACACAACAGUCCUCGGUCAUUGAAGGUGAAAUACAGCAACAACAACAAAUUCUGAUGGAUACUGCGGCACCAGAACAUGUUGUCAAACAAGAUGCACAAGAACAUCUAGAUAUACAGUCUCAUGCUGAAGAGGAAAUCACUAAACCACCUAUUGGAAAGGGUCCAUUUACCUGUGACAUUUGUGAGAAGAAACUAGAGAAGUGGAACCAGUAUCAACGUCAUAUGAAAUCUCAUGAGGAUGAUAAGCCAUUCCGCUGUUUCAACUGCCCGGCCUCGUUUAAUAUCGCUGACAAUCUGAAGCUUCAUCUGGCCACGCAUGUUGAGCCGGGAGAUAAACCCGUUUGUCCGGAAUGUGGGAAAAAGUUUUCACGUGUCGCCAGUCUGAAGGCUCACAUUAUGAUGCACGAGAAAGAGGAGAAUCUGAUGUGUCCAGAAUGUGGAGAUGAAUUCUCACUACAGGGUCAACUUGACAAGCAUAUGUUAGAUCACCAAGAAGAUCGUGAUGGUACACGUGUAUACUCGUGCAGGCAAUGUAAUGCCUCGUUCAUGACACAGAAAGACCUGAAGGAUCAUACCAAACAACAUUUCAAAAUCAGAAUGUCAAUGUCACAUCGCACCUAUAAGAAGGAGAUAGAUCGAUCAGGAUUUAAUCAGAAAUGUCCACAUUGUUCCAAGUCAUUCCAGAAACCCAGUCAGCUUGAACGUCAUGUCAGAAUACAUACAGGUGACAAGCCAUAUAAAUGUCAAAUUUGUCCCAAGUCAUUUAAUCAGAAGGGAGCACUACAGAUGCAUGUACUUGGUCGUCAUACCAAUAAGAAGCCUCAUAAAUGCCAAUUUUGUAAAGCUGGAUUCUCUCAGAAAGGCAAUUUAAGGGCUCAUGUUCAGAGAGUUCAUUCAGUUACAGACAGCUCGACAGAGGGGGAGGUCCACAAAUGUGAUGAGUGCUCUUGUGUCUUCAAAAAGCUUGGUAGUCUAAAUGCCCAUAUCAGUAGAUUUCAUACCGAGCGGCCAGACUUUGAUGAUAUUCAUGGAAAUGAAGUUAAGGAUGAUGAUAUGGACCAGGGGAAGGACACAGCCGGUGAUGUUAUACAACAAUUGUUAGAGCUAUCAGGGGCUGGGUCUGCUCAACCCCAGACACAACAGAAUGUACAAGGUCAAGAUGAUAUUCUACAGCAAGCUCUACAGAACAGUGGUCUUCCAGGGUCUGCAAACAAUAAUGCCCCAAAAACAGGGGGAACUAUGUCUGUCAUGAAUGUUAGAGAUACUGCCACUGGUGCUAUCAAGAAACAUUACGUUAGAAAACUCGGCUCCACUACAUGGCAUCAAUGUGCAUUCUGUAUGAAAGAAUUUAAGAAACCGAGUGAUCUUGUACGUCAUACGAGAAUUCAUUCUCAUGAGAAACCAUAUAAAUGUACCCAGUGUUUUAGAGCCUUCGCUGUGAAGAGUACUCUCAACUCUCAUAUUAGAACACAUACUGGAAUAAAACAGUAUAAAUGUAACGUCUGUGAUAAAAAUUUCUCUACACAUGGAAGUCUUAAAGUUCAUCUUAGAUUACAUACAGGAGCGAAGCCAUUUGAGUGUGGGUACUGUGAUAAGAAGUUCCGUACAGCUGCUCAUAGAAAGAAUCAUCUAGCAGCUCAUUUUAAAGUAGACAAAGGUCCAAUGAGACUGAAGUCUGAUCCGGGUCUAAAGAAGCUUGGUGAUUUACAAGAUAUACCACUACAAGAACCUAUACUGAUUACAGAUACUGGUUUGAUUCAGCAGCCACCUAGAAAUACUGUGUUUAACCAGUACCUGGGAGGGGAAAGUGGUAGUGUUGAUAGACCAUAUAAAUGUACAUUCUGUCAGAGAGGUUUUAAAAAGUCCAGUCACCUGAAACAACAUAUACGAUCUCACACAGGUGAAAAACCAUACAAAUGUCUGCAGUGUUCUCGGACAUUUGUCUCCAAUGGUGUUCUGAAGGCCCACAUACGUAUUCAUACUGGAUUGAAACAAUAUAAGUGUGUAAUGUGUGAUAACCUGUUCUCAACCAAUGGCAGUUUAAAACGUCACAUGUCAACACAUAGUGACCUUCGACCUUUCAUGUGCCCAUAUUGUCAAAGAACAUUCAAAACAAGUGUGAACUGUAAAAAACAUAUGAAAACUCACAGGGCUGAACUGGCAGUACAGUCCUUGACCAGUCAAACACCAUUACAAAAUAAUGAGCAAGCGCAGGCAGCGAGCCACGCUGCAGAACUUGUUCAGGAUACGGAACAAUACGUGGAGGAAGAGCCAGUUGAUAGUGAUCUUACACUUGUACAACAAGAUCUUAACCAAACUUCCUCUAUGGGACAGACAGAUCUAGGUCAACAAUCUAUACUCUCACAGGCAGGUCUACAUGAUGCUCUAGGACUGACUAAUAGUACAAUUGACUCGAAUAUCCUUAAUCAACAGCCAAUGUUUAACCAGCAACAGACAUUUACACAGAGUUUGUUAGGAUCAGGACAGCAGAACUUUGAGCAGAUGAACACUCACAUGGCAAAUAUCAGUCAACAAAAUCAGUAUGGCAUACAGCAGCAACAGCAUAUAAAUCAGGUAGACUUGAAUAGUUUCAACCAACAACAACAACCAGACAAUGUUAUUCAGAUAGUUACUUCAGUAGAUCAGACUGGUACAGUUCAGACCGGGGAUCAGCAAGCUCAUAAUAAUGGGAACCAGUUUGUUGCAUCAGCUAUGAUGCCCAGUACUUCAAUGGAGAAUAUCCUAGAAACUAGAGAUAAUCAGACGGGAGAUGAGGCGGAGGGUGAGGCAGCUGUCCCGUCCCAGCAGUCAGAGGAAGAUGGUAGGAGUAGAUAUAACUGUGAAUUCUGCCAGAAAACAUUCAAGAAAUCCAGUCAUCUAAAACAACAUAUCAGAACUCAUACAGGUGAAAAGCCAUAUAAAUGUACACAAUGUGAGAAGACAUUUGUAUCAAUGGGUGUUCUACGUCAACAUUUACGUACCCACACUGGUGUGAAGGAGUUUAAAUGCAGUGUUUGUCAUGCCUUGUUUACUACGAAUGGUUCUCUAACUCGACAUAUGAAUAUCCAUGUGGCCAUCAAACCUUACAAGUGUCCAUUCUGUCUGGAGGGAUUUAGAACAGCUAGUAUAUGUAAAAAACAUAUGAAGGAGCAUACAGGUGGAGAUAAUGAUGAUGAUGAUGAUGAUGGUGACAAUGAUCAGGAUAAUGAAGUUACUGUACCAGCUGUUACACCAAAGAAAAGGAGAGCCCAGUUUAUGGACAUGCCACAGUCUGUAGUGAAACCUCCCAGCCAGGAUUUAAAUUUGUCUGAGAAAUUACUGGUAGAAUCUGCCUCUGAAAGAGAUAGAAUCAGUGAGGUGAAGGAGUUAAAUUUACAUCAUUCUGAGAAGCACACCCAUGAGUGUCCACACUGUCCAAAAAGCUUUAAGAAGCCAAGUGAUCUUGUUCGACACAUUAGAAUACAUACUGGGGAGAAACCAUUUGCCUGCGGAAUCUGCCGGCGUACUUUCACUGUGAAAUCCACUCUUGAUAGUCACAUGAAAACACAUGGCGGAUUUGAGAAGACGAUUCGAUGUCAUGUGUGUGCUUCAAUGUUCAGUACAAAGGGUAGCCUGAAAGUUCACAUGCGUCUUCAUACUGGAGCCAAACCAUUUAAAUGUCCUCAUUGCACUCAGAGGUUCCGGACAUCCGGGCACCGGAAAUCUCACAUCCUGUCUCACUACAAAGAUGUUGCCUCGAUGAGGAAAAAACGCAAUACUCAGAAUAUAAAUAUACAGGAAGUUCCCCAGCCUAAUGAACCUAUGGACUAUAUAAAUCAAGUUGAUCCAAACCAAUCUUUACAGCAAGUUAUAGCACAAGGUCAAAAUCAAGGACAAAUACAAAUGGGUCAGGUGAUAAAUAUAGACCAAUCAAUGCUUGGUGCAAAUAUGGUUCCGUUUUCUCUGACAGUAGAUGGGUACGGGAAUCUCAAUGAUUCGAUGCUACAGUUACAAGGUAUGGAGGGAGUCCAGCUCCAGUUACCAGGUGGAAAUAUAGCACAAGGCAUUCAAAUAACUGGACUUGAUCAAAGUAGUAUAGGCCAAACAGUUCAUAUAGAUGCCAAUAUUCUACAACAGUUACAGUCUGGGAACUUUAAUAUUACACUAAAUCCUAACCAAGGUAAUGAUACUAACUUAGUUCCAAACUUGGCAAAUAUCCAGUUACAGCCAAUGUCCAUCCAGGACGGUGUAAAUCCUAAUAUGGUAGUGCAGACACUAGGAGCUAUAGGCAUGGAUCAGGCCACAAUGCAGCAGGGAAGUCAGGCUGCUCCGAUGGGUAUAAGCCAGGAAUUGCCUCCAGGGACAUUUGUUAUGGCUGCAAAUCCUGGAAUUAUACAAGAACAGCAGAUUGGGCAACCCCAGGUUGUUAUGGAUACACAACAGGUUCAGUCAGUGGCACAGUCUACAGAAAAUGUUAUACAAGUUGAUACAGGGAGCCAGUCUGAAAUUGGUGAAACUGAUGCUGUGAAAGAGAUGGAAAUUUCUGUGCUACAGACAGAUAUAGACCAAGAAUCUCAAGAAAUGAGAGCCAUAGAUCCCAACAUGACAACAGAUCUCUCAGAUACCAUGAUGCCUGCUAAUAAUCAGGCUGAUUUGGAUAAUGAUGAUGUUGAUAAUAUUGAUGAUGAUAAUGAAGAUGAUGAUGAUGACCUUGAUAAUUCUGGUGAGAUGAUUGAAGAGUCGACAGGUGACGAUGUGAAUGAGGAUCACAUGCAUGAUCCUAAACUUGCGAUUCAGUUCAUGCCAGUUCAACGAGACUUUGUUGCCACUAACACUCAACAGCAGGUAUCAGUUGAUGAUGGCAGACACCACCAGUGUCAUAUUUGUCAGAAAACAUUCAAGAGGAACAGUCAUUUAAAGGAGCACAUUCAAACUCACAUGAAGGGGGCAGACAUGGGGAAAACUAAAGAUGGAUUUCAUAUUUGUCAGUUUUGUGACAAAAGAUUUCAGAAACCUAGUCAGUUAGACAGACAUGUCAGAAUACAUACAGGAGAAAGACCGUUUAUUUGUUCACUGUGUGGUAAAGCAUUUAACCAGAAGAAUGCCCUACAGAUACAUAUGAAGAAACACACCGGGGAACGUCCCCAUAAAUGUCAGUAUUGUAACACUGCAUUCACACAAAAAGGAAAUCUAAAAACUCACAUUAAACGUGCCCAUCAUGCUGAUAUGGUAAUAUCGAUGAAAUCCAUGCUGAAACCACACAAUGAAGCAACUACAAGUUCUAGUGAGGCCAUUAGUGAUACUGUUGAACCUAAAGAUCAAGUUAUUAGUCAAGAUAUUAAUCUCGGACAAGUGGCAGAAGCAUUGUUUACAAACUGAGUGUUAACUAGAAAUGAGCCGCGUCACAACAAAACCAACAUAAUGGGUUUGCGACCAGUAUGGAUCCAGACCAGCCUGUGCAUCCGCGCAGUCUGAUCAGGAUCCAUCCUGUUCGCUUACCAACUCUAUUACAAGUUGAGAAACUAAUAGCGAACAGGAUGGAUCCUGAUCAGACUGUACGGAUGGGCAGGCUGGUCUGGAUCCAUGCUGGUCACAAACCCACUUUGUUGGUUUUGUCAUGGCUUGGCUCAAAUGUCUUUUUAGGUGAACAUUUUUUUCCAGUAGGAGAAGCUAACAGAAAUCCACAAAAUACUUGUAACUUCAAAAUGAAGGAAGUGUUUUCAAUACAGUGUGAAGUUAUCAUUCAUUGUUUUAGGGAAAUAAAAUUUUGGACUCGCCGGUAAACAGUAAACUUGAGAAUAAACAUACCUGUAGAUUUGAAAGCUGCAUGCCUCCAGAUGAGCCAAAAUAUUUCAUGAAAAUAAAACUUAAGAAAAAUGUACUAAGAUUUUAAGAAUAGUAAAAAAGAUUCCAGAUUCAAGUAAUAAUUUACAUUUACUGUGUGAUUUAUGACUGAGUUUGCAGUAUUUUUCACCAUAUUUCUACUGCCUAACUAACAUAGUAAUGGCUAAUUUUUUACAUAUUUUGAUCUUUUUGCAUUGCUUUUUGCAGUGUGUGAAUAAUUUCAUUGUUCACUGCAUGAAAUGGUAUAUUCAAAUACAUUCAAAAUUUUUAUGAAAAUAAGCUUGAAUUUUUUGGAGGCAUGCUGUUUUAUUAGGUGAAUUAAGUUGAGACAAUCAUUUGUGUUCAGAUAUGUAUGUUUUUGUGUCAUUGAUAGACUGAAGUAAUUAAUGCAUGGAAAUCAAUCAAACACAGAUGUUAAUGAUUUGGCACCACAAGUGUGAUUCUACAAUAAAUAUGACGUGAGUUGAUUUAGUUGAAAUUCUUAAAAGUUUACCAGGUUUUCAAAAAUAACUGCAUUAACAUGAUACUACAAGAUUUAUACUACUGGUAAUAAUAUGAAAGAUGUGUUAAUACAUACAUUGUAGUGAGUAUUGAAAUUUGUUAGUAGAUCACAAUAUUACUUUCCCAUUCUCUCUAUGUCCUUUAAAAUAUAAUAAAAUAAUUUCUAAGUAGUAACUGUUAACUCUUUUGCACCUUGUUCAGCUUUGCACAACAAAACUAUAAGUUAAAACAUGAGCUUUGACAUAUUUAUUACCCCUCCCCCCUCCCCCUAUCCCAGUUAGUAAAUGAAACAGAGGUCAAGGUCACAAGAACCUUUUAAUAAGAAAAGAAGUUGUUGUUUUUUCUUAAAUGGAAGAGCAUAACUGAGUAAGGAAUUCUACUGUAAUAGUUGAUCAGCAUCAAUAAUUUUAUGGUAGAAUAUGUUACACUAAAGUUUAAACCAUUUGACCAUUUGAACCAGAUCCAUAAUUUUUUAAGAAAUACAUGUAGUUAUUGUUACAUAUAGAAUGUCUUUGUGAUAGAUCUAUUGUUUUUUUUUCAACAUAACAUUUCGAAAACAUAACAUUUUGACAUCAUUUUGAUGAAUUUUAUACAUUAAGUGGAGAAAAUAAAAAUAAAACCUGUAUUCAAACUGUUGUUACUUUUGCGGCAUAGGUUUAGAGCUCUGGCUACAUAUGUAUUGAAUGUUAAUUGUUUAACUGAUAUAACCUAUUUGUUGAUAAAUUCAAUUCUUGCCAUUCUGUUUUUCAUACAAAUUUUUUUCUGAUAAUUUUAUGUAAUCCUUUCCUUUUUUGAUUAAUUUAAAAUGGAACCAAAAAUUAAAAAAAAAAUUUAGUUUGCUCUAAGAUUAAAAAAGAUUUUAAAAACAGUUUUAUAUUUAAUUUCACUUCUUGGGUUGAUUUUUCCUGAAAGUCAAGAAUGCAAUUUAUUAAGGUUCUGUAAUUAGUUAUAAUUUAAUCUUAUAGUAAAUUCUGUCACCACUUUGUUGCAUUGAUGUUGAUAUGUAAAACCACUUCAUGGAAUUUAUCUUACAUGUCAAUGUUAUGGUUAAAAUGAAAUAUGGCCAUUUCUUACAUUUCAAUUAAUUUUGUUUAAAUGCAAUGAACCAAUGUAGCAUUCUAUAAUUUCUUUUAUUCUUAUGAUUAAGGUCUUUGCUUGAAAAUGUAUUUUUAAUAAUGUUCAUUCUGUUUUGUUUUAUUACUGUCACAUCUGUCCAGAGAGGAAAUAUCUUAGAGGAAAUGAACAAUGACUUGUUUUAAGUUAUAGUGUAUUUUAAACAAUGUUUAUUCCACAUAAUUAAUUGCAUGUUAUGUGAACACUGAUUUUUAUUUGUGUAAAUUUGUCAAUUUAAAAUGAAGUUAAACUUAUACAUAAAGGCCACCUGGGAUAAAAGACCACAUAUUAAUAUUAUUAGAAUGGUCUUUAUUAUCAGGAUUGAUAACGGCCUUUGGCUUUAAAAUGAUAGUUUCAGUUUGGAUCUGACAAAGUUUUUUUUAUUCUGUUAACCCUACAUGUUGUUGUUAUUGAUGGUUAUUUUUCAUUUGCUUGAAAUGUUAACAAAUGUUUCAUAUUGUUGGGUUGCCAUGACAAUUUAUUUAAAAUUAAUUAAAAUUUAUGUAAAAUAUC